AGUACAAAUCUCCCAAAGAUUUGCUGUACGAGAUUGAAUUGCAAAAGGGCGUCAUUGAAAAUGACGACGAUGAUGUGAAGUUAUAUGAGCCUGAAGUUGGAGACAUCAUUGCUAUUACAAGUGUCAUACCGAAAUGUGUUGGUGAUUUGGACAGGCCCGAAAGGUCCUAUCUGAUUGGCCAUGUCAAAAAGGUGAAAGAAAAAACUGAACAUUUUAAGGUCUCAAUACAAUUGUCAAAGCCCACCCUUGUUGAAGAGGACAUUGACAGGGGCAAAAGCGAUAUUACUCUUUUUGCUGUUAAGCUGAUCAACAUGACUACAAAUGUUCGUAUAUGGAAUGCAUUAAACUCUGAUCCAGAAGCAGCAAAUAGGGGCAUCCUUCGGAACAUUCUGCAAACGGACUUUCUAGAUGCUGAAACUUGUACCAUCUGCUGUUCUGAACAACAAUAUGCUGCUGCAUAUUCGAACGUGAGAGGCAGAAUCCACUAUUCUGAUUUAAAUGAAUCACAAAAAGAUGUAGUUUUGAGCUGCAUUAGAACCAGAGAGUGUCAUCAUCAGAAUACUGUCAAAAUGAUAUGGGGACCUCCAGGAACAGGGCAAACAAAGACAGUUGGUUUUCUGUUACAUUUACUGCUUAGGAUGGAAUGCAGAACACUCACAUGUGCUCCAACAAACACUGCAAUUGUGCAAGUGACAAAGCGGGUAACAGAAAAAGCAAAAGAUUCUUUUGAAUUUAGAAAAUAUGGUCUUGGAGACAUAGUUUUGUUUGGGAACAGGAAACGAAUGAAGAUUGAUGAUUACGAUGACCUUUACGAUGUAUUUCUCGAUCAUCAUGUGGAUAUGCUUCAAAAGUGUUUAAGUCCAAAAUCUGGAUGGGAAGAUUCCUUACAUGCCAUGAUCGGUUUACUUAAGGAACCUGAAAAGCAAACAGCAUGA